GCAAAACUUAAAUAGAAAAUAUUUCGUUGGAAUUAAAUGAGUAGUAUGUUUAAGCAUCUUGUCUUGCAAAAAAUUCGAGUGCGUUUUAAAUAGUGUUCAUCAGUAACACUUUUGAAAACCGACAAUCAUCAUAUCUUGCCCUGACCGAACAAUGUCUCCCAAAUGUUGGUUGUUCACUUGUUUAGAAUUAUAAUUUAUAUCGUGAGCAUUGUCGUAUAUUGCAUAAGUAACGUACAUUAAAGAAGUGAUCUUCGUGAUGAUGUAUCAACUAGAUGCAUGUAAGUAUGAACGUUACGGGAGUAAUCGAGCCCAAAGGCAGGCGUGAUAAACACAGUGAGUAUGGUGGCAACUCCCUCACUAGAGCUGAGUGCUGGAUGAUCUCAGCGACGUCCGCAUUCAGUACGCCGCUUCUAUAAUAACCUCGGGCCUGGAGGACGCUCGGUUCGAAUUCGUGAGAGCGCUGAUUUCGAUUUCCAAGAGGCGAGGCGAUAAAAGCGACGUCUUGAGAUGGCGGAAACUGCUCCUGCUCAACCACCAGCUGCGGCUACUUCAGCGCCUAAAAGCCCCAAGAAGAAGCGCGCCGCUCCAAAGGCCAAGAAGGUCGGCCCCAGCGUGUCCGAGCUCAUCCUCAAGGCUCUGGCCAGCAGCAAGGAGAGGAACGGCGUGUCUCUUCCUGCGCUCAAAAAGUCGCUUGCUGCCGGAGGAUACGACGUGGAGAAGAACAAUGCCCGCGUGAAGUUGGCCAUCAAGAAGCUCGUGGCCAAAGACGCCGUGGCGCAAGUGAAGGGCAGCGGCGCGUCUGGCUCUUUCAAACUCAACAAGGAAAAGGCUGCCGCAAAGGCGAAGCCCAAGUCGUCAACGGCAAAGCCCGCAGCUAAAAAGCCCGCGGCAGCCAAGAAGGUGAAGAAGCCCGCGGCAGCCAAGAAGACCGCGCCCAAGAAGUCUCCCAAGAAAGCAAAGAAGCCCGCGGCUGCCAAGGCGGCCAAGAGCCCCAAAAAGGUGAAGUCGGCUGUUAAGCCCAAGAAGGCGGCGAAGAGCCCAGCCAAGCCCAAGGCUGCGAAGCCCAAGGUCGCUAAGCCCAAGACCGUCAAGGCCAAGGCCGCCAAACCCAAGGUGGCCAAGCCCAAGAAGGCCGCGGCCAAGCCCAAAAAGACUGCGCCAAAGAAGUGAAUCCGAUGGGACGAC